AUGGCUGGAUUUUAUCGCAGCACUGAAAAUUUCGCUAGAGACCAACCGAGGGAUUUGGUAAAAUGUUUUUACUGCAUGCUGGAGAAGGGAUAUUGGUGCAAGAGAGACGAUCCAGUAGAAAUUCAUAAUCGAUUGAGUCCAGAUUGUAAGUGGAUGAAGUACGACAUAAGAUCAGAUAGUGGAUGCGAGGCUACCAUAGCCGAAUGUGUGUUGAUUAGGGAGAAACAGUCAAUGCUGUACAAUAGAUUAGUAGAUGACGGAAGUUGGGACCGCGAGUUUCCAUAUCCACGCAAUUUUAUUAAGCACAUCCGCAAUUCUGUAGCGUGGUUGUAUGAUUCGGUGAAUCUUAACGUAGACCACAGGGCUCAGUUCCCACCGUUAAUCUUGAGCGAACGACCCAUCUAUUGCGAUGAUACGACGCGACUGUUAGAUUGGAUAUUGUUUAAUAGCAAAAUUGUUGCUGGCGAGUUAGAGACGAUGAUUCGUCGAAAAAUUUGGUGGUAUGUGAACAAGACUUAUGUCGAAGCUAAUGGAUAUAUCGCAGCUGCAGAUAAGGCGAUGUGUGUAAAGACUGGCAGAAAGGAUUUGUGUAUAGUCACUAACAGAUUGGCGACGUUUAAUGAUAAUGCAACCCCAUUUCUGACGAAAAAUGCCGAAGCUUUUGCCAUGGCUGGAUUUUAUAGAUUACCUAAAGGUACUGAAGAUAUUGAAGAUGGUGAUGCCAUUGAUAGCUGUUAUUGUUUCUUUUGCGGAUUAUGUGGGGAAAACUGGACAGAAGACGAUGAUCCGUAUCACGAACAUGUAAAAUGGUCUAAUGGCUGUGGAUACAUUAGAACGAAGUUGAAUAAACCACAAAUGAAGUCCAUCCUGUACCACUUCUACAAGGAUGCAUUAGCGAAGACUUUCGAUCUAAAUUUCAAACGGUCUGUUCUUGAGAACAUUUUAGAUCUGAAAUCCUGUUCUCAAGACGAUAUGGCAGUUAAAUCGCUCAUAUUUCGCAGCUUGGAACGUAGGCCGGAAUUAUUAGCACUGAUAGGAAAGUUCACCAUUACCGAAAUCGUGAAUGAGUUAUUUUAUAAGAUAUCAGCCGAUGGUUUAAACCGGGAUGGGAUGUUAUCGAUGGUGCUCAAUAUCACACGAGAAGAUCUCGAGGCACGUUUAACAGCGAGGUGCGUUAGGAAGCCUACAUUGUGCGAAUGUCAAGAAUCGAUAGGAAUCGAUGAUAAACCGGGAAUAUCUGGUACCGAAGUCAAAGAUUUCGAAAUAGACGAGGUCGAACCUCCUAGCAUCGAAGAAUUGUUAAGUUUACCAAUGCCAAAACCCGAGCCGCCCAAGACUUUACCAUAUGCACAGUUACCAUCCACCAAUCGAGCAAAUAUGUUCGCAAACGAGGAGUACAAGAAAUAUACGAGAGAGCAAGCUAUUGACAAGCUCGAGAAUUUGCUACAAUCGUAUACUUGUGCGGUGUGUAUGUCUGCACCCAGCUGUAUAGCAUUUAUACCGUGUGGACACAUGGUUACUUGUACCAAUUGUAACAUGGGUAAUCCAUACGCUACGUGUCCACUGUGUAGAGCCAAGAUCGAAUCGCAAGUGCCAAUUCGUCUCUGUGAGACUCAGACGUCAGGAUGUUACGCUUGA